GGAGACUGUCACCUAAUGGGCGCAGUCCCCAGCGUGUCUCACCGAUUCCACUCCAUCUGUGGGAAGAACAUGUCCGUCCUGUGUGAUGGCACUCGAGCGGAGCGACAUGCCAGUUACGGGGACGGCAUUUUGUUUAGCAGUAGUGAACUCCUGGUCAGUGAGGUCUUUGAGGUAAAGGUGGAGCGUCUGGAGCCGCACUGGUCAGGAUCCUGUCACAUAGGGGUCACCUCAAUCCCACCCCACGAGGCCCCCUUCCUGGGUGGAGGGCUCCCGCCAUCGGCUAUUGAUCUCCGUACCCGUGUCACUUGGUUGGUUUCCGGAUCUGAGGUUCUAAGGAACGGACAGCGCCUCCGGGAGAAUUACUGCAGCAACUUAGAGCGGAUUCGGACUGGCUGCAGACUCGGGGUCCGGCGCGAUAGUGAUGAAACCCUCCACAUAAUAAUCAACGGAGAAGACAUGGGGUCGGCGGCCAGCGGGAUCCCUAAAGGUGUGUACGCCAUCUUUGAUCUCCACGGCUCAGUCACAGCUCUCUCUGUUGUCAGCUCCUCGGUUCUAGAAGAAUCUGACGCCACAAAACCUCCGUCUGUAAAUUCAGAGAGUGAAGAGGAAGAUGUAGAGCACAAUGCUGACACUUUGCCGACCAUUCAGCUUCACCACUUAAACUUUAUGGGGAAUCAUGGGAAGAACAUCCAGCUGUCACAUGACAACAGAACAGCGACACGCGUGUGCAGCUACAACCAGGGCAUCGUGGUCCUGACCCAACCAUUGCCUCGCCUCUUCUUAUUCCAGGUCCGGAUAGAUCAGCUCUCCUUACGAUGGACAUCCUCUCUUUCCAUUGGAGUCAUUGGUGUUUCACCCGAGAGACUUAACUUCCCGGCCACGGCGGCCGCCAUUAAGAAGAGUGCGUGGAUCUUCCAGCGCAGCGCUGUUCUGUACAAUGGAGCCAAGGUCCGUGAAGGUUAUGGACCCAAUCUUGACUUGUGUCCUGAAGGGACGUUUGUCGGCCUCCUGUUGGAUUCCUCCGGGGGGCUCCACUUAUACAUCAAUGGCCUGGAUCAGGGGGUGGGGGCCCAGGACCUCCCAGACCCAUGUUACGUGGUGGUGGACCUGUAUGGGCAGUGUGAGCGGGUCUCCAUAGUGACAGGAGAAGUGCAGGGGGCCGAGUCUAGUGCUCACGAGGGGCAUAUCCCUGGAGAGAGAGAGAAGGCCGACAUGGUGGAUGGUGUUAAGGAGAGUCUAUGCUGGCUGCCCCCUGACCCCAUGGCUCUUCUCAGCUGUGAGUAUCUGGCCCUCUGCCUCCGCUUCAAGGAGCUGCUGCUUCUGCCUGACGGUUACUUCAUGGAGGACUCUAAGUUGUGCGUCUGUCACUGUGAGUCGUGUCGCAAGCUGCGAGGAGAUGAGUUGUACAGUAAGAGAGGAGACCCUCCUCGGGAAUACGCCGAGCCCACCGGCUGGUGCAGCUUCCCUCUCAGGCUUAGUCCGCGGUUAUCAUGCACCCAAUACAAGAAGUGGCACAUUGCGUACCAGGGCAGCAGUGCGGGGAGCGUGCGGAGGACGCUGGAUCGGGGGGAGCUGCUCCCAGGUUCCUUGUGUAUCCUCACGUCUGUGCCGACCAAAUCUGACUCCCAGAAUGGCUUCCCAGCGCCGGAGCCCAACGUCCUGCAGAGCUGUGAGGUGCAGAGCGUGGUCCUGUCCCCUACUCUACGAUACGCCGGCCUGCCCGACUUCUGCCCCAAAGUCCAGUUCAGGGACCCCCGAUCUCAUCGCACAUUUGGAGUCCAGGUUGCCCUUCAGGUCUGCGUACGGCCGGGAUCAUACAAGAUGGGUCCAGCAUCGGCGGGGACCUCCGACCUCUCAGAUCCCAGGAUCCCCAGCUCUGAGGUGGAGUGGCUGACCAAGGAGAAGGGGGCCACCGUCCUGAGGGGUCUCCUGGUCCGUGUGGAAUGAACAUUUGUCAGGUUCUGCUGACGGCGGGAAAAAUCUGUGCCACAAAGGGGGAACCCUGACGUCUCCCCCUCACCCUGACUAGUGCCCUCCUCCAUUUUGUCUUGCUCCUCCCCCCAGCUGUUUACAUCCCCUCCCCUUUAAUUUAUUGAGACAAAUGAAGCGUUCUAGCUGGGGGGCCUGACACAUGGGCUGGGCCAAGCGUCUCCCGUGUUUUCCUGGCCUCGCCCCUCACCUUUUUAUUUAAGCUGCUGUUUUUUGUUUUUUCAUGAUUUGUACAUUAAGUUUAUUUUUUUUUAAUACAUAAAUUUCUUGUACAGAACCUUGGUGUAAUGAUGGAUUGUACACCGCACUAAAGGGGGACUCCGGCCUCAGAACAUAAUAAGGAUCACUCACCUGUUCCUCCCGGUUCUCAAAGUACCAAAAAUCUAUUUGUUUAUGGUCUU